AUGAGAGCAAGUUCAUCCUUCACUCAUAUCUCUGACAUGAUCUCUUUCCUUGACAAGAAACCGCUUCCUGAAUGCUCAAGAUAUCUCAACAGUGCUGAGAAGCAGUGGAUAACCGGCUACCUGACAGAUCUCUCAAACUUCAAAUCGAUUUCAAGGUUCACCUUGUCGAAGCUGAAUGAAGCGAAGGAGACCGCAAGGCUGAGAGCUGAGAAGGAGAAAGUGAAGCUUGCAGUGAUAGUCGAUCUUCUCUUCCGUUUUGCCAGAGUGCACGAAGACAUUCACGGAGAUUGCAUGUCAACAUUGGUGAAGGAGCUUGUAACAUUCGUCUACACCAACAAAGAUGCUGAAACUCUCGAGGCAAUGGACAGAGAUCCUGAAGAGGACAACAGACUCUACUACCUGUUCUCAGUCACUCCCAUUGUGUCCGAGCUCCAGUCAAUUCUUGAGAAGGAUGACAUCCUGAUCGCCAGGUGUAAGAACGAGGUCGAUAAGACGGUCAAGGCAGAGCGAGUGAUGAUUCAAGCACAAGCUGAGCUGAGCAGCAAGUUGAAUAUCAUUCAAAGUCGCGAGAUCGAGUUGACGGCAGAGGUCAGAAAGAACAAUGAGCUGAUGCUGCAGCUGGAGAAGAUGACACAAAAGUGCUAUGAACUCGAAAUAUUUCGUCAAAGAUGCGAAGACUUGCAGUCUGUGAAUGAGGAUCUGAGCAAAGACGUGAAGCUGAUCCGAAAGCAAAGAGACGAUCUCACCCGGCUCGCGCAGGAGCAGGCGGAUGAAGUGAAAGCGCUGAGGGACGAGGUGGACAUCUUUCAAGCUCGCGUUGCUCAGCUCAACAAGUUCGACCACUUGCGGGAUACGCAAAGACGGUUCACGUCCUUGCUGUGGGCGACAAAGAUCUCAAAGCAGGGAGCUACCAUCUCAGGAAUGACUGCAGACAUUGAAAAGCUGUGA